AUGUCCGAUCACGAAGAGUCUGGACCCAACACUGGGUACGACACCCCAAUCCCCGAACUUGACGACCACCGACACCAGGUGGCAUCCCCUCAGAGACAAGAGCGUCCCCGUCGUGGAACAUUUGAUAGCCUUUACGGCUCACGGCAGAUGGGCUCCGAGCCCACCUCCCCUGAGAUUGUUGUCCGUGACUUUGAAGAAGCUAUCAUAGACGAGGAGGGAGAUGUCGUUCAGACUAGUCGGCGCAAUCGCCGGGGGACCGUUGAAACCAUUCCCGAUGGACGAUCUGUCUCUCCGCCAAACUCAGUGAAGGCAUUCGCUGCUGCCCGGCGCCGUGAACGGGACCUGUCGUUCUCAGAACCCAAAGUUGAUGCGGAUGAUACCCUCAGUCGAGUUCUGUCAAUCUCGAGCCGUCGCAGCGGCCGAAGCAAGUCUCGAACUGUCGACAAGGCUGCCAGUGUCCUAUCAAACAACACUGCCGAGGAAGACGUAUGCUUUCCCCUCCCAGAGACUUACAGGAAGGAUCAGCUUCACAUUGAUUUUGAUUUCCUGGAGAACUUUAUCAAUGCGGAGCGUGAUGCUCACGUGGAGACUCGUGAGGAAGCUGCCACAGCUUCCUUCCAGGAUGCCCGGCUACAACCUGCUGAGAGUCGUCACACGGUCGUCACUGUGGACGGGGAUAUAAUGGAUCUGCCAUCUGAUGAGUCCACCGGACAAGAGAAGGAGAAAGAAGCCGCUGCGGCGCCAUCGCCACACAAGCCGCAAACGAACCCCAUCGAUCACAAUCGGUUCAGUUUCUUCUCCUCGGCAUGGGAGUCAACCAUCCAUGCCGCAGAGAUGGCUGAUCUCGUCCUUCCCGGAGAGGAUAUCCGUGGCCUCUUUGAGCUUCCAAAGGAUGAGGCCGAUGGCGUGUGGUGGCUGAACUGCAACCACGCAACCAAAGAAGAGGUUCAGGGCAUCUGCAAGGCGUUUGGGAUUCACCCCCUGACGAUUGAGGAUAUUGUCACCCAGGAAGCUCGCGAGAAGAUUGAACUUUUCCCGUCUUACUAUUUUGCAUGCUUCAGGUCCUUUAACAUUGUCGAGGAAGAAGACGGAAAGGAAUAUGAGCCAUUCAAUAUCUACGUCAUCGUUUUUCGUGAGGGCACACUGAGCUUCAGUUUCGCUCCAAACGGUCACGCCUCUCAGGUACGAAAGAGGAUUACGGCGUUGAAGGACUAUGUUUCUCUAAGCAGCGAUUGGAUCUGCUAUGCUUUGAUCGAUAACAUUGUGGACGAAUUCGGUCCCGUUAUUCGACAGAUUGAACUUGAGGCGGAUGCCAUCGAGGAUGAAGUGUUCGUCAUGCGAGACGACGAUUCAAGCUCCUUCCUGAGGCGAAUCGGCCAGGUCCGCAAGAACUGUAUGGCUUUGCUUCGUCUACUCGGUGGCAAGGCGGACGUCCUGCGUGGUUUCACCAAGCGAUGCAACGAAAACUACCAGGUCACCCCACGGAUGGAUAUUGGAAUGUAUCUUGGCGAUAUCCAGGAUCACGUUGUGACCAUGGCUACCAACUUGGGACACUUCGAGAAGAUCCUGUCCCGAGCCCACAGCAAUUAUUUGGCUAUCCUGUCCAUCAACAACAUCUCCCAGGGUACAGAUACCAACCGCGUUCUUAGCAAGAUUACUUUCCUGGCAUCGGUUCUGGUUCCUCUGAACUUGGUCAGCGGUGUGUUUGGUAUGAACGUGCCAGUUCCUUUCGUUGGAGCAGACAAGGACAACCUGGCUCCAUUCUUCACCAUCAUUGGCGUCAUGGCUGCGAUAUGCGCAAUUAUUCUCAGCUGGGCUCGUUGGGCUCGCUACAUCUAA